ACAAAUGGGUUCAUCGAAGAAGAUCAUUCUCGUUACGUUUCUUGUAUCAUUUUACAUGUUUUCAUGUGUUUCGAGCACUGAAUUUGAAGUUGGAGGUGAAGAUGGUUGGAUCGUACCAAAAUCUAAGACUCGUGGAGAUAUGUAUAACCAAUGGGCUUCAGAUAACCGGUUUAAAGUUGGCGACACUCUACGUUUCAACUACACGAAAGACUCAGUGUUAGUGGUGUCAGAAGAAGAGUACAAGAAAUGCAAAGCCACAAAACCGCAACUCUACUCAAACAACGAAGACACGGUUUUUAAACUAGAUCGACCCGGUUUGUUUUACUUCAUCAGCGGUGUCUCGGGCCACUGCGAAAAGGGUCAGAAGAUGAUCGUAAAAGUUAUGGAGACGGAGUCUUCGACAGAGUCUCCUCCUCCUUCUUCCUCUUCCUCUUCAUCUUCGUCAUCAUCUCUUCCGGCGUCAACUCCCAAGGCCAAGAAGAGCAAUGCCUUCAAAACAGCAGUCCAGCUUUGUAGUUCCGGUUUUGUUGUCUUUGCGGUUCUGGCUGUUUCGGUUUUUGCUUUGGUUUAAUAGGUUUUAGCUGAAGAUUUCAGACCGGUUUAACGUUUUGAUCUCUUUAGAUUUUGCAUCCUAUCAUAUUUAGUUUUGAUCGCUUUGGUUUAAAAGGCUGUUUCCUUCUAAGCAGUAUUCUGAAUAAACUUCGUUAGCAUAAACCCCAUGUUUCGAUUUCUGAUAUUUAG